AUGUCUGUCACACUGGGACAAGUCAUCUGGUCUGCAGUCAAACCCAUAAUCAAAAUAUAUUUAAUCAUAGGAACUGGUUAUUUCUUAGCUAAAAGAAAUAUCUUAACUGUGGAAACAACAAGAAAUGUAUCAGAUAUUAUAUUAACUAUAUUAUUACCAUGUCUUGUUUUCAAUAAAGUUGUUACAAAUAUAGAGGAUAGUGAUAUUAAAAACGUUGGUAUUGUUUGUCUUAGUGCUUUGUUGAUCUUUGGUACUGGUGGUGUUUUUGGUCUGGUUACUAAAGUUUUAACUCCAAUUCCAUCAAAUUGGUUUGGUGGAUUAAUGGCUGGUGCUAUUUUCCCAAAUAUUUCAGAUAUUCCAAUUGCUUAUCUUCAGACAUUGGACUCGGGGUUGGUUUUCAAUAAAGAACAAGGUGAAAAGGGUAUAGCUCAUACAUGUAUUUUUUUGACAAUGUUUACAUUAUGUCUUUUCAAUCUUGGUGGGUUUAGAUUAAUGGAGUAUGAUUUUAGAGAUGUUUUGAAUCCUAAGAAUGAUGAAGAAAUUAAUAUAGAAAAUUUAAAGAAAAAUGAAGAACAAAGUACCACUCAUGAUGAUGAUGACGAUGAAGUUUUAGAUGAUGAAUCAGAUUCAGAAAAUUCAAGUUCACAAACCAUAAAAAAUCAAAAUUUAAAUCCAAUAGCAUUAACAACAGAAAAUAAAAGAUCAAAUUCUAUAGACCAACAACAAUUAAAAACCUUAAAACAACGAUCAUUACAACAAAGAAGAAGAUCCUCAACAAGAUCAAGAACUUCAUCAAUACAUAGAUCCUUUACAAACAAUUCUCAACAUUCAUCAUUACAAUCAUAUCAAAGACCUAAAACUACAGAAUUAAGACUAUUACCAUCCCAAAAUGUUGAUGAUAUAGUGGAAGAAUAUUCACAAUAUCCACAAUCUAUCAUAGAAACAGAUAAUCAACAACGUCCAUUAUCCAAGAUUUUAACAACAGAUGUUGGUAUUACAAGUAAAGAUAUCCAAACAAGUGUCCCUCAAUUUCUCAAAAAAUAUCAUUUAGGUAUCCUAAUAUUCUUUAUCAAGAAUUGUCUUAGACCUUGUUCCAUAUCAAUCAUAAUAAGUUUAAUAAUUGCAUUCAUACCUUGGGUUAAAGCUUUGUUCGUUAAAACAACAGUUUCCAUGCCUAAUGCACCUGAUGAAUUACCACCAUUAAAUUUCAUAAUGGAUUAUACAUCAUAUGUUGGAGCAGCUUCAGUUCCAUUUGCAUUAAUUUUAUUAGGUAGUGCAAUUGGUAGAUUAUCAUUAGGAAAUUUAAAACCAGGUUUUUGGAGAGGUGCCCUGUUAUUAGUCUUGUUAAGAUUAUGUAUAAUGCCAAUAAUUGGUGUUCUUUGGGUUAAUAGAUUAGUUUCAUCAGGUUGGAUUUCACCAGAUGAUUAUAUGUUACGAUUUGUUAUUAUGAUUUCAUGGGGGUUACCAAGUAUGACUACACAGAUUUAUUUCACUGCUUUUUAUACUCCAUUGGAUGCUGAGGAAAGAGUUCAAAUGGAUUGUGCUUCUUUAUAUUUAUUAUUACAAUAUCCUAUAUUGGUUAUUUCUUUACCUAUUUUGGUUACUUAUAUAGUUAAAGUACAAUUUAAUAUGUGA